AUGCCGGCCAUCCACCUCCCUCCCUCCAAGACGCUCCGCUCCGUCGCCGAUGCCAUCUCGCUCGUGGCCCGCCAAGACGAGUCGAGCUCCUCCUUCGUCGCCAUCCCGUCCGCGUACGGCAACCUCCACAACUCGCCGCACCCGGGCGUCGUUGCGGGCAUCGUGCUCGGCUCCGUCGCCGGCUUCCUGCUGCUGCUGUACAUCAUCUACGCCAUCCUGCACGGCGGGCCUGUCCUCAUCCCUAUGCGCGGCCGCUCGACGACUGUGGGCACCCCGUCGACGCUGGGGACCUCGACUGUGGGCACAUCGACGUUGGGCACUUCCACGCUCGGGACCUCGACCGUUGGAGCCUCGACGUACGACACUCGCAGCGCACUGAGCUUCCGCUCCCGCCGGGAUAAGAAACGCCGUAGCGCGCCGUCCUCGUCCUCACGCCGUACACGCUCCCGCACCGAAACAGUCGACGUACGCACGCGCUCCGGUCGCCGCGCCGCUCCCGCCAUCGUCGACCCGCCGCGCACGCCAUCGCCCGUGUCCACGGUGCCGCCCCGUGCCGUGCCGGCCUCCGAGGUCUCGGCACUGUCGUCGCUGGAUGAGAUCAUCGUCGAGGAAGAGCACACGCCGCCACCGCGCCGCCCGAGCCGGCGUUAUAGCCCGGAGCGUGGUUAUCGCCGGGACAGCUACCGAGAGGACAUGGAGGAGCGGUACCAUUCGCGGAGGGACUCGCCGCCGCGACGGGCGAGUCGUCGUUAUUAA